UGUGCCGAGGUGAUUCAUAUCGUGUCCCGAGAAAGUUUGAACUUUGUAGAGGAGGUCAAACAAAGUUGAUAAAGUUUUCGUGACAGGCUGUUCAAGUUUGCACAAUGGCCGGCAUGAGUGGGGACGACUUGCAAGCGCGUGACCGAAUAGCCAGCACUAACAGUGAGGUUGAUGCUAGGAGCAUUUUUGGGGGAAUCUUUGGAAACCAGUCGGCGUCCCCUUAUCCUGUGCUGCCCACAUCGCUGGAGGCUGAAGAGUACAACAUGUCACACCGCAGACGUGGCAAGUGUGUCAUCUUCAAUAACAGGCUCUUCGAAAUCCACACAAAGCUGAGUGAGCGAAGGGGCACGAACAUGGACGCCGAAAACCUUCGGAGCUGCUUUCGUCGCUUGGGUUUCGAGACAGUCAUGUACAAUGAUCUGUCGUGCAGGAAGACGCAGGACACUCUAGAGAUCCUUGGAAAGCAAGACUACUCGGACGACGACUGCUUUGUGUGCUGCUUUUUGACGCACGGCGAAACUGAUGUUCUCUACGGAACGGACGGCAAGUUUCCCGUCAGCGCCGUUAUGGAGCCCUUUCACGGUGACGUCUGUCCCAGCCUGCUCGGCAAACCCAAGCUAUUCUUCAUUCAGGCCUGUCGUGGAGACAGACUCGAUUCAGGCGCCCAGGCAGUUCUGGACACUGCAGACUCGCCUAACCGGAUAUACCGCAUUCCUACUCAAGCUGACAUCCUGGCUGCCUACUCCACAGUACCAGGCUUCUACUCGUGGCGUAACACGAUGCAGGGCUCCUGGUUCAUCCAGGCCCUCUGCUCGGUGCUCCAAGACCGGGCACACUUUGCGGACGUGCUUUCGAUGCUGACAGUGGUGUGCCGCCGCGUGUCAUUGGACUACGAGUCGUAUACGCCGAACGAUCUCCACAUGCACCGCAAGAAGCAGGUUCCCUUCAUCACCUCUACUCUGACCCGGCUGGUCUACUUCAGGGCGAAACCAGGAGCGGCUUACUCUUAGCCUCACUGCCGACCAAGUCGAGCAUUAUACUCGGUUUCAACGUAAGAAAAAAUGUAAGCCCUGCCCACAGAACUGCGGUGCACCUGCCUUUAAACCAUGAAAGACAGUCAUGCUAGCUGGUUUCCGCUUGAACAGUAAGCACUUUUUCUCUGCUAAUGUAAAUACUGCGCAUAUUAAGAGUUAAAGGUUCGUCGUUGCUACAAAAAACAUUACGCUUGGCUGAGCAGCGAUGUCAGAAUCCCUGACAAAGUUUACCAGGACCUUCAAGUUUCCAACCUAAAACCAGCGACACAACAUAUGUGUCUUUACGUACUAUCCGAAACACUCCAGAAGUGCUUGAUGUCACAAAAGUGAUUAAGCGCUAUUGCAUUUAUGCAAAUUCUCUCUGCAGGAGGGACAGCGAUGGCUCUGGGUGGAGCUGAAAUUUUUUUUCUUAUGUUGUUACCGAGUACAGUGCUCCUUAUGAGGUGUUCACUCUGCUCAAAGAUCUUUCGUAAUGAUGCCAGGGUGGUGCAACGGUCGCUGUGCUUGACCGCCAGCCUGAAGGUUGCGGGUUGGAUCCCGGCCGCGGUGGUCACACCAUAUGGUCUCAAUUUCCGGACCCCUCCACUAUAUCGUGCUUCAUAAUCGCAUCGUGGCUUUAGCACGUAGAACCCCAGAUAUUAUUAUGUCAUUAUCUUUCGUAAUGGGCCUUCAGCGAGCUUUAAAAAUUGUUUUAGUGCAGAGAUAUCUGGUAAGGUCCAAAUAUGAAUGAAGUUUAACUGUACAUUUUUUGAAGCGUGAACCAAGCUUAAAACAAGAUGUACAUUGAGUGGGACCAACAGCAUAGUUUUUGUAGUUGUCUUGCUUGGAUUAGAUAUUGAAGUGUGUUUAGCUAAUUGGUUGAAGGACCAGUGUUGGAGGCGGUGGCAAAUUUCCAUGAGGGGAACUGCCACAGUAUGUAAAGCAUUUCAUGGAAUGUAGCACAGACACAGCACAAAGCCAAAGUGGCCCAUGGCACAAUUAUUGGCGACACAAACCAUGUAACACCUAUUAGGAUUCAUUUUAUACUUGC